AUCAAGCAACUUUACCCUUUUUGAACAACCCAAGCAAUCGUUUCCAUGAAAAUUUGACUACUUUUUUUCAUGUACAAUGAGAAUCUGCUUGUGUGGAAAUGAAAUUUCAUGAUUUUUGCAAUUAAAUAAAUCCAUCAUCUUCAGGGAGAGCAGCAUAUUUGAAAGAGAAAAUGUAGCAAAGUGAAGCAUCAGUUUAGCUGAGUACAAGUUCAAUCUAUCAAAGCGAGAGAGAGAAUGACCUCAAUUUGAAGGAAUGGAUAUAUCCCUUCUUUACAGUGAAAGUGAGAGUGGGAGGAGUAUCACACGGGAAAAACAAAGGGUUGUCCAAUGCAGCCUUUAAAUGAUACCUCUCUUCCCAAAUCUGUCAGUCAGAUCACAAAGUUUCAGAUCAUGUAUUUCUUUCUGUUUCUCGUCUUCUGUUCCGCGAUCUCCAUCUUGCUUACGAGUGGAGAGCAACUCAUUUUAGCAAACAACUGCAAGGAAAGUGUCUGGCCUGGAAUACUCGGCAAUUCAGGCCACCAGACCCCAAUGGAUGGUGGUUUUCAUCUCGGCAGCGGCAAGCACGUAGUGUUGGAGGUGCCAAGGAAGUGGUCAGGCAGGAUUUGGGGCAGGCAAGGCUGUUCUUUUAGCCAUGAUGGCAAAGGAACGUGCGACACUGGAGAUUGUUCGGGCAGAUUACACUGUCGAGGUACUGCUGGUGUUCCUCCAGCAACUAUGGUUGAAGUAACUCUGGGAUCAUCUAUUUCGCCCCUGCAUUACUAUGAUGUUAGUUUGGUAGAUGGGUUCAAUUUGCCUCUUUCAAUGAAGCCGAUUGGGGGUGGAACUGGCUGCGGCGUCGCAUCCUGCGAUAUCGACGUGAACAUUUUCUGUCCAUCAGCAUUGGAGGUGAAGAAAAAGGGAAAAGUGGUGGGCUGCAAGAGCGCCUGCUUAGCAAUGCAAUCAGCCAAGUACUGCUGCACAGGGAAGUAUGCAGACCCCAAAACCUGCAGGCCAACACUAUUUGCUCAUUUAUUCAAAGCCAUGUGCCCCAAGGCUUACACCUAUGCUUUUGAUGACCCUUCCAGCCUUCGUAAAUGCAAGGUUUCACGUUAUGCCAUCACUUUCUGCCCUUCCAUGUGAGAACGAUUCCGAGUUGCUGCAGGAGGAAAAGUCUAUGACAGUACAAAAAUAAUGCCUUCUAGCAGAUCUAAAAGUUCUAUAAAUUGUGGUUUAUUCAACCAUCCUAUGUUUCCUAUCUUCUUUUUGUUAGCUACAUAGAAAUAGAGUCCAAUGAGUAUAUGUUGAAGAUUUUUGCAUUAUGUAUCAAUAUAAAUAUCAUGUUUCAGAGAAAUCAAAUUAGUUCAUCUUUGUUUUAACCUCAACUUGCUUAUCAAAGUUAUAUCUAUUGCUUUGAGUUUCCUAUUCAGACUUCUAUCAAUAUUUUGUAAUACAUAUCAUCCCAGAAAAGAGAUUGACAGUAAAACAACAUGUUUAUAACUUGCUUUAGUGUUCGUAAAUGUUCCCUCAUAUUGACAGGAGUAAUAGCUUUUAACUAACCUAUAGAAUAGCAACAAGUAAUCUUCAGCAGAGAGAUUUGUAUUCAUUUUCAUAUCUUGUGCAAAAAACAGCCAACAAAAAAUAAGCUCUUUCUGAUUCUUUGGAGCAACACUUUUUGGAUAAAACUCAUGGUUAAAACAAAACAAAUACAGAAUGAAAACACUUUGUCAAAAUUCCUAGACCAACGAAAUAGAAUUAUGAGAGUAUAAUUCCACACGCUCAAAUGUCCUAAUUAAAAUUUUUUAAAACAAAGCACUCCCACAUUUAUUAAACUUGAGAUCCUCUACUAAACUACUAGCAGUAAAAAAGGGAAGAGUGAACUGGAGUUUCAUUGGGCAGAAACCAAUGAAUUUAGUCGAUUAAACAACAACAACCUCUCAAGAACUUGAGGGCCUCUUUGAGAGUAUAAUUUUUGUUGUUUCUAGGGAAUUACCUUCAAUAUCCACCGGUGUAAGCUCCAUUAGCUUCCAAGACUUCUUCAGGAACUUCCAUCUCGUGAAUUAUUUCCCUCAUGCACUUGAUGACAUCCACAC